AUGUUCCUAGAAAAGUGUGAAGGAGACCUCUGUGAUUUGCGAGAGGGAAGUACACCAACCUCUGUCCCACCAGAAGGGGAAGAAGAAGAACCCCCUAAAAAGAAGCAUCGCAGGAACCGCACAACAUUCACUACCUAUCAGCUCCAUGAAUUAGAACGAGCCUUUGAACGAUCCCAUUACCCAGAUGUGUACAGCCGAGAGGAGCUUGCCAUGAAGGUCAGCUUACCAGAAGUCAGAGUCCAGGUUUGGUUCCAAAAUAGACGGGCAAAGUGGAGACGCCAGGAGAAGUUGGAAUCCUCUUCCACUAAGCUACACGACUCUCCACUCUUGUCAUUUCCUAGAGCUCCUAUGGCUCCAAAUGUUGGACCCUUGGGUUCCUCUCUGCCACUGGACCCCUGGCUCACUUCUCCGAUCUCUGGGGCCACUACUAUUCACAGCAUGCCUGGAUUCAUGACACCACCCCAGGCCCUCCAGCCUCCCUACCCAAGUCAUGCAUUCCUAAACAGUGGUCCUCCAAUGCCACCCAUGCAGCCACUUAGCAGUGGAACCUACCAAUGCAUGGGAGGUUUUGUAGAAAAGUUUCCACUUGAGGAACUGGACCAAAGAAACUCCAGCAUUGCUGCACUGCGUAUGAAGGCCAAGGAGCAUAUCCAAACUAUAGAUAAGACAUGGCAGCCUAUCUGACCUUAAACUUUUAGCUCUUUGAACUUGACAGAAAGUUAAUUUGGUCUCCAAUAUCCCAGUGAGAUAUGAACUUAGAAAUCCUAACCAAGGAUCAUUGGAUGACAACAUUGACCAAAGUAUAUACAUUUGUCCUGAAGGUGAGCUGUGAUCCAAGAUUCACAGUAAGAGACUCAUCUUAAGAUGGUUGGGGCAAGUAAAAUCUUAAUAUAGGAAACAUAAUGUGUAUCUGUCAGCACUCUGCAAAACAAAGCACUAGUAGAGUGUCAUUUUGUGGUACUCCAUAACAAAUAAAACAUAUAAAAUCUAUUUACAAACCAUAA